UUGCUUCCACAGUUCCACUUGCAUCUUGGAGCCAUUCACACGCUCCCACCAUGCAUCCCAAGUCAUCACUGCUGUUCUUCCUCAUGAUCGGAGCAUUGCUCACCAAUGCCAUGGCAAACCAUGCACCGGCUCCAGCCGCCGUCAACUGCGUGCCACGAGAGAGGGAAGCCCUGCUGGCCUUCAAGCGAGGCAUCACUGGCGACCCCGCAGGGCGCCUCGCCUCGUGGAAGGAAGACGACCAUGACUGCUGCCGGUGGAGGGGCGUUAGGUGCAGCGACAACCUCAUCGGUCAUGUCCUCGAGCUCCACCUCCAGAGUAACCUCACCGGUGUUGUUUAUGUAGAUUAUAGCCCUUUGGAGUUCAACGCGGUAGCUUUGGUCGGCCGGAUAACGUCUUCUUUGCUUUCUCUGGAGCAUCUAGAGCACCUUGACCUCAGCAACAACAACCUCACGGGGCCGGAUGGCCGUUUCCCGGUGUUUGUGGCCUCCCUUCGCAACCUACAAUAUCUUGAUCUCUCUGGUUUGGGAUUCACUGGUAUGGUGCCAUAUCAGCUUGGUAACCUUUCAAAGCUGGAAUUUCUUGACCUUUCGGGAACAGGUAUGCAAUCAGCAGAUAUAUCAUGGCUAACACGUCUACAAUGGUUGAAGUACCUUUACUUGUCAUCAGUAAAUCUUAGCGCGAUAUCUGAUUGGGCUCAUGUAGUAAACAAGAUCCCAUCACUAACGGUGCUUUCUCUCUCUGGUUGCUCACUUACACGUGUAGACCACUCGCUCAAACACGUAAACCUCACUAGACUUGAGAAGCUCCAUCUCUCUGGCAACGAUUUUAGCCACCCUUUGUCAUCUUGCUGGUUUUGGAUCUUGAAAACCCUCAUCUACCUCGACCUUGAAUCAACCGGUUUAUAUGGUCGAUUUCCAAAUGCAAUAACCAACAUGACGUCCCUCCAGGUCUUGGAUUUUUCAAGAAACAAUAAUGCGGGUAUUUUGGAACCAAUUCUGCUAAGGAACCUUUGCAACUUAGAAAGUCUGAACCUUCAAUUGGGCCUCUUGUCUGGUAACAUGACAGAGCUGCUAGAGAGUUUGAGUCAUUGCUCACCAAACAAAUUGCGGAAAUUAUAUUUGUCCAACAACAAUAUUACGGGAACUCUACCAGCUCAGAGUAUGGGCCAAUUUACCAGCUUAGCCAAUAUUGGUUUCUCUUUCAACCAGCUCACAGGGCACGUGCCUCCUGAGAUUGGUAAACUAGCUAGUUUGACUCACCUUGACCUAAGUGAAAAUAAAUUAACAGGAACCAUCACAGAUGAACACUUCGGUGGUCUAGUGAGCUUAACAUACAUUGAUUUAUCUUACAACAAACUCAAGAUUGUUAUAGACCCUGAAUGGUUACCACCAUUUAGGCUUGAAACUGCGUAUUUUGCAUCUUGUCAAAUGGGUCCUCUGUUUCCUGCCUGGCUCCGGUGGUCAUCCGACAUUGAUAUGAUUGAUAUUUCAAGCGCUAAUAUAAUAGACGAGUUUCCAGAUUGGGUCUCUACAGCAUUUUCAAAGGCCAUAUAUUUGGACAUGUCUAAUAACAAAAUCAGCGGUAACCUGCCAAAAAAUAUGAAAAUCAUGUCUCUGGAAGAACUCUAUCUAAAUUCAAACAGAAUAAUCGGUGAAGUACCAACGUUGCCGACAAACCUCACCUAUUUGGACAUCUCAAAUAACAUACUAUCAGGGCUUGUCGCAUCAAACUUCGGAGCGCCAAGACUAGAUACUAUGAAUCUAUCCUCAAACAGCAUCCAAGGCCAGAUUCCAAGUUCGAUUUGCAGGUUGAAAUAUUUGAGCACCUUGGAUUUAUCCAACAAUCUUUUGAACGGGAAACUUCCUCGAUGCAUUGGGAUGAGAAAUCUUCAGAAGCUUCUACUAAGUAAUAAUAACUUAUCUGGCACAUUCCCAUCUUUACUGCAAGGCUGCACACUGCUACGUUAUAUAGACCUAUCAUGGAAUAGGUUUUAUGGAAGAUUACCGAGUUGGAUUGGAGACUUCCAAGAAUUAGUUUCUCUACAACUGAGGAACAAUACUUUUUCUUGGUAAUGUUCUUUCACUGAACAUAGCAAGAAUUACUCUAUGUAUAUGUUAGGUGCCUCAAGGAAAGUAGUCGUAUUCAGAGGUACAGCAGCGUUGAUGAGAAUGCCGUGCCAUGUUCAAUGAUGAGGAUCAAACUGCUUAUCUGGUUUGGGCCUCCUGAAAAUACUUGCAUCAAAGCAACUAUAUAAUAAAGUUAGAGGUCUGUCAGUAACCUUCUGCAAUGGAGCUCAAGCUUGGUAUAAUAUUUGCUAUUGUCUUCCUUAUUCGUUGAUGUCCGUUGUUAGUUUCUAUUGUAAGUUAGCUGUUAAUACAUGUACACCUUUUGUCUGGUGGUGGUGUGAAAGGAGAAAGAACAAGAUGUUGAGCCACUGAAGAGAUUUGCUCUGGUCAAGCGAAAAGUAUCUCACGGUACCUCAAUGCACUUUGAGACCAAAGAUAGUAUCGUCUCUCCUACCUCUGCAGUUCGGCUGCCAGCGCAGUUGGAAUAAUUUCUCGUUUACUAGAGUUAUUCUUCCUCUUCUAAGGAAAUAUUAGAAACUAAAUUAUAUAUCUAACCUUUUCUAGUUA